GCUUCAUCAACUUCAUCACUCUCCUUGAGCGCCAGCUCAGCUCUCCCUUCCAUUGCUUGUUGUUGGCCAACAUGACCUCGACAAGCACCAAACACCCAAACCUAAAGCUUUGUGCUAUUCAUGGAUAUUGGCAAACUUGCAAUAUGGCUCGACAAAGUCAACAAGAAGCGCAAGAUGCUAUAAUUGCCAGCAUCUGCCGCCCUGGCCUCUUCUUCCUUUGCUCUUAUUGUUGAACACUAUGCUACAGUUACGUCUGGCCUUUGUUGGCCUUCUUGCUGUUCACGGCGCAGUUGUGCCAUCACCACCUACCCACGCCAACAAAGACACUUUGCCUGCCUCUCCUCAACACACGUCAAGUCUUACUGGAACCGUCGGACUUGGAAAUUCGUUCAAGUCCAAGCCUGGUGUUGUCCGUGACCCACUGGAGGCCAAUACCCUGCCCCUGGACAAGAGCAGCACAAAGUCAAAGCUUCCAAAGGACAUGCAGCACAAUAUGACAGCUGGUCCUUCGAUUCCUCCUCCUACUAAGCUUCUUGACCAAUCUUCUGACCCGACACCUUUGGCUUUGCCCAAGUUCAAGAUUGGUGUCGCUGUCCAGCCUUCUGCCGUGCCAACGCCUAUGCCGACGCCUCACAGCGAGCCAAAGAAGGAUGAGCACAAGAAAGACAAGAAGGACAAGGACAAGAAAGACAAGAAGGACAAGAAGGACAAAAAAGUGGAAAAGGACAGCGGUAGCGCCACAACGACUUUUGUUAUGCCGAGUGGCACUCCCCUCCCACCAGCACAACUUGGACUCAAGCCUGUUCCAUUGCAUCACGUUAGCUUUAGGAAGGACCAGAAUAAGGACAAGAACGUGACAUUGCCUGGAACUGCAACAUCAACGUACGACACAACCAAGCAGACGCCCUUGCCAGCGUCGCAAUUGCCAAUCAUGCCAAUUCCAGUGCCAAAGCAAGAUCCGGGACUCACGCCAAUUGAACCACAACCGAAGCAAGACCCAGGACUCAUGCCAGUUGAACCACAACCUAAGCCUGGAUUGGGUGACCCUGCCAAAUAUGGCCCUCCCGCUCCACCGGCCAAUCCGCCUGUUGACAAGUACCUACCAACAGACAAGCCAAGCUCGCCCGUCUCGCUUGCUCAUUCAUUCCCUGCUCAACCACCCGUCACACCAGAACCUUGUCCAGCUGCACCUGAAAUGAUGUAUGUCCAUGUGGAGGAUAAGCCUGAUAAGUGUGAGUACAAGACAGAAGGUACCUUCAAAGUCCCCGCCAUGUUUACUCAACCGCCUGCAGACACGACUGGUCAAGUGUAUGAAUGUCGCCUCGUCAGUCCAAAGACAGAUUCACAAGGUGGAGCUGCCGGGUCAUCCACCUCGACUGAAUCUGGUGCGAAGGGAGAGAAGGAAGUGGUUACAGAAACAACGCACACUUAUACAGAGGAUGUUCCAAUCAAAUCUCCUCAGCCGUCCAUUACACCAACACCAGAGGAAAAGCCGCUCAAGCCUACAAGGACUCUGCAGACGGAUGUGAAGCCAGAGGAAGAAGAUGACUGCAUCUGUGAGGAUGAGGACGAAUCCGUUGAGAUGGAUAAUGAUGUUGUGCCACCAAAGGCAUCGGAAACGCCCUCGUUGUCGCCUGUGCCUGAUCUCAAGAAGGAUCCAAAACUCCUUGCUGACUUUGGCGCCUCCUCAAUUGACUCACCUGCUUUGCCCACACCUACUCCUUUCCUGCCUGAUGACUCUUCAGCAUUUUGAUAAGGCAAGGCAAAGGAGAAGCCUGAUCAUGGAGAAGAUGUCGGUCUCUCUGCUCGUAGCGUAUUUCUACUCGUUUGACAUUUGCCAGCUGAAAGUGACCUUG